AUGGAUUCCGGCAGGUUCCCCGGCGGUAGGUCCAGCUUCUCGCAGACCUGUGCCCUUCUGAGUCGGUACUUGAAGAUGAAUGGCAGCUUCGGCGAGCUCAGCCUCGCCCUCACCCCUAAAUCCUCCGAAUCUAAAGAGACUUUGAAUCUUUUGCCCAACGUUGAGAAAUCGGGUCGGGUCCCGGAAAAGCAAACCGGGCAGAUGACUGUGUUUUACGCGGGUCGAGUCGCCGUGUUCGACGAUCUACCGGCCGACAGGGCCAUGGAGAUCAUGGCGCUCGCUGGAAAUUCCGGCAACUUUGCUCCGCCGCAAACGGCUCGCAUCACGGCGGAACUCGUCGCCGGCGCUGGAAAUAUUCCACCGGAGCGUGCUCCCCACGCUCCUCAACUGGGUCUCGACUCGGAUUUACCGAUCGCAAGGAAAAAUAGUGAUGUGGAUGACAACUCAUGUUCUGAUAAAUCAUCGGAUUCGUUUUGCUGCGGGCAUGAGGAAGUUGCGGACGGGUCGGAUGACGAGCAGUCAUGCCGUUUGGAGUUUGAAAACGAUGUGCCUUCGCAAGAGGAGUGGGGAUACAAAUAA